CACACGAAGUAUACACACGAUCAGCAUGUCUUUCCCCAAUCCCAACGCAUACAAUAAUGGUGGUGGAGGUGGUGGCUACGGUGGAUACCAGCAGGGCGGCUACCCUGGUGGACCACAGGGCGGAGGAGGGUACGGUGGUCCCCCUCCACCUCAAGCUGGUGGAUACGGCGGCGGUGACUACCAACAAUCACAAUACCCCCAGGGAGGUGGAGGUGGCUACGGUGGUCCGCCUGGUGGUGGUAGCAAUUACGGUGGCUCCCCAGCUCCCUACGGUGCCGGACCUCAGGCACACCAGCAGCCCUCGUAUGGCGCUGGACCGCCACAGAGCCAGGGCAGUGCUGGAGAGUUUUACGGCGGACAGCAGGGAGGGGCUGCUGGUGGUGCGAGUGGUCAAGCACAGGCAUACGAUGAGAAUGGCAACUUCAUCCCCGAGGGAGAGAGGGGAAUUGGGACAAUGGCUAUGGGUGGCAUGGCCGGCUUCGCAGCAAACAAGCUAUCCGGCGGCGGCCACGGCAACAUGGCUUCGAUCGGUACGGGUGCUCUGCUAGCUCAGGGAGGCAAGAUGGCCUACGAGUGGUUCAAUGAGCAGCACAAGAACAAGCAGUCUCACCAUGGAGGUGGUGGAUAUGGAGGUCCGCCCGGAGGUGGUUACGGAGGCCCACCUGGAGGAGGUUAUGGAGGACCCGGUGGCCCGCCUGGUGGUGGGUAUGGAGGCGGCGGCGGUGGAGGAGGAGGAGGCUUCUUUGGAAAGAGGGACAUCUAGACCGGGCAUCAGACUGCGUCUGGUAUCGCUCUCCUCUCGUCUGCGUAGUCCCGCCUCUGUAUCCUCGACUUUCGUUCCCCCACCCUCUCGUUCCUUGCUCGUUUGUGCAUACCCUACAUACUCAACCAACGUCGAAUGACUUCUUGUACACGACCUCCUCUGAAGUAAUGAACCAAUGAAUGAAAUGAUUCUUUAGUCCUCAC